AUGAAAUGCCACGUCGGAGUCGCUGCAGCUCCGUCUGCAUUCUCGUUGCGGACAGAUUUCUCCGACAGCCGACGGCUUGACACGUGCAGAAAUCGACGUUCGAUAGUCCCCGCUUUCACGGUCCAACGCGCGGUGAAAAAUAGGAUAAUAACGGCCGUGAUAUCGUCAUGUAAGUGCGGCUCGACAGGGAAAUUUGUCGCCGCACCCCUGGGUUCCUCCACACAGCCCGGACAAGUAGCAUUUUCCGGCGCGCGUUCGCCGCAUUUCUCGCCGCAAUCGUCGCCGUCGUUGGCGGCAGCGCGGAGGAGACACGUGGCAGCUCGCGCGGGCUUGGACGACACAUACUGGAUCUCGGUGCUGCAGGCCGUUGGAGUUGCCGUAGGCACAGGCGGAGUGGGUGUGGUAGUGGGGCUGUUGUUGCGGUUCAAGCUAUGGAAUGACGCCAAGAAGGAGGUUGCUCGUUUGAGGGCGGAGGGGCGGUUGGAGGAGGAGGUAGCAUCGGUGCUGCAGCAGAUGGCGAAGCAGGAGGGCAGGGAGGGGAGGCGGCAGGUGCAAGCAGAGCAGGUACUCAAGACAUCAGUCGAUGACGAUGCUGAUGGUGCUGCUGCUGGGAGUGAGAGCAAGGGUGCUGCUGGUGGUGUUGGGGGAGAGGAGGUGGGGAUAGGAAAGGGGGAAGAUGUGAUCGUCCGUGCGGCCGGCAUGGCGCCAGUUGCUCUAGCGGCAGGCACGGCGCAUCGUCGUCGGAAAUGGCCGGAAGCGCGUCCUCUCGUCUCUGGACGCGUUACACGCAAGGCGCUGGUGCUUAUAAAGGAGCUGAAAACGAAGCCGCCUGCUAACGAGGAUGAGCUGCAUCAACGGCUCGAAAACUGGGUAAAGGGCGUGCGGCCGCACCGCCGGGAUCUGAUUGACACGAUUAAAGAGAUGGACACUGCAGAUACCAGAGAGCUGCUGUGCCAGGUCAUGCAGUGGUCCCUAUCGGAGGAAUGGUACGAGGCUGACGCUCGGGACUACACGAAGCUGGUGGAGAGGUUCGGCAAGGACGGGCGGCUGGGGGAGAUGGAGCGAGCGUUCACAGGCAUGGAGGCGGAUGGGAUAGCGCCAGAUUUGAUCUCCUUUUCUGUGAAGAUCAACGCAUAUGGUCGCGCCAAGCAGGUGGAGAAGGCAGAAGCAGCGUGGGAGGAGAUGCGAUUAAGAGGCAUAACCCCAGACGCCAAAGCAUUCACCACCAUGAUGACCGUCUAUGGCAAGGCGGGGCAGCCGGACAAGGCGGAGCAGCUGCUAGACGCCAUGCUCGCUGCUGCCUGCAAGCCGUCCCCGGUCACUCUCUGCUCGCUGGUUACUGCGUUUGGGCUUGCCGGUCGGCCUGAUGACGCCCAGAGGGUCUUUGACAAAGUGCUGGCCCAGACGGACAUAAAGCCAGACUGCCACACCUACACAGCCCUGUCAGCAGCCUUCGGCCUCAAUGGGCGCACAGACGAGGCAGUAGCAGCCUUCAAGCGCAUGCUGGCUGCGGGACUGGCCCCUGAUGACCGCUCCGUGGCACGGCUUGUGGAGGCGCAUGGCAGCAUGGAGCGACAGCUGGACCGGCAGCUGGCACUGCUGGCUGGUAAAGGAGCGGAGGGUGGAGCAGAUGGAGGGGAUGUGCAAGCAGAAGAGAGGAGAGGGGAAACGGAGCAGGAGGGAGAGGAGGGGCGGCGGAGAGGGGAGGAGGGGGCGGGAGUGGGGAAGAGGAGGGAGGCGAGUGAGGAGGAGAAGCUGAGGUGCAGACAGGCGGUGAAGCUGGUGCUGGAGCUGGAAGGAGCGGGCAUCCGGCCAGGCGUUGAGACGUACACCGCUCUCAUCUCACUCUUCGCCAGCCAUGGAUUGGUGAGGGAGGCAGCGGAGGUGUUUGAGGAGAUGCAGAGGGUUGGUCUACAGCCCAACGCCAGAACAUACACUCGUCUUUUCCAGGCCUACGCGCUUGCAGGGGACUUGGACAGCUGCUCCCAGGUUCGGAAGACAAUGCAGGUGCUCGGGUGGACACUUAACCCACCCAUAGUCCGGGGCAUGGUUCGAGCACUGGUGGCAGGGGGGCAGGGUGCUGCGGCUGCAGAGCUGGUGAGAGAAGCCGAGGAGGAGGAAGGGGUGGCGGUUGAUGGGGAUGUGAAGGAGAUGGCUCAUAUGCAUGCAAGGGAGUUGGUGCUCUGA